AUUUUUUUUUUUUUUUUUUUUUUUAAAAAAAAAUUCCUUCUUUAAUAUAUUUAAUAAUGGAAUCACAACUUACAGAUGAAGAAUAUGAUUUCCAAGAACCCAUUAUAAUACCUACUGAUAGUUUUAUAAGAAAAAGAAAACAAAUGGAGAAUGAGGACGAUGAAGAAGAGAAUGAGGAUGAAAAUGAGGUGACAUUGUGUCCACUAUGUCAAACUAGUUGGACUAACACAGGCAAUCAUCGCAUUGUCAAUUUAAAAUGUGGACAUGUUUUUGGUAAAAUUUGUAUAGAUGACCAUAUAAAAGACAUGAUGUCGAAAUCUUUGAAUGCUACUUGUCCUACAUGCCAUAAAAAUAUAACAAAAUCUGAACCGAGAAGAAUAUGGCCAACAAAGUUAAUACCCGAGAAUGAAGACGAUCUUCAGUCCAUAAGACAAGAAAUACAAAAUGCAAAAGAAACUUUAAAUCAUCUAAUUCAACAAAAUCAAGUAAUCAAGGCAGAAAUUAAUCAAUAUAAAAUUCAGUUAAAUGAACUUCAACCUUUAAAUGUCAUACAAGAUCUAGUGAAUAACAGUCAAUUCACUGUGCCAAAACAAGAUAAAAAACAAGGACAAUUUAUAUUACAACAGAAAAUUGCAUUACCAAAAGAAAAUUACGGUAUUAUAGAUGUAUAUCCUUUUACUUGUAUGGCCGUUGUAUCUACAUACAAGUCAUCCAAUCAGACUUAUGGAUUAAGGAAGUUUAAUUUAUAUGAUCCAGCAAUCACAGAAUUUGUACCUACAAAUCAUACAGAUACAAUACGCGAUAUAAAGCAUGCAUCGUCACAAGAGAUGGUCUUAACAACUGGUGAUGAUAAAACACUUAAACUGAUUUCAGUAUCAAAAAACCUUGUUGUUCAAUCAUAUCAACUAGACGCACCCUCACUCACUUGUUGUUUUGAUGAAAGAAAUUCAAAUUUACUUUAUUGUGGAUUAGUAACAGGAGAAGUAAUGAUGUAUGACAUUCGAAAUACAAAGACCUAUUUGCACAAGCUAAAGAAACCAAUAUCCCCACGACCUAUUCGAUCUAUUUUUUCAUAUCAUCAUUCUAUUAUUUGUUCAGAUGAUAGCGAUUUUUAUACAUGGUCUUUAAUGACUGAAGAUGAUAGUACAUAUCAAUAUAAUUCUCUACAUCUCGACUCGGACAAAAGGAAUGAGUUUAUUUCCGUGAGCUAUCAUGAUACUACCUUCUAUACAGUAACUUGGGAUCAAAUAGCACAGGAACAAAAUCAUUGUGUUAGCCAUAUAGAUAAUAAUAAUAAUCAAAUAGCACAAGAUUGGACGUUUACAACUAAAACAGUCCAACAGAAAGAAAGUCUUUGGAGGAAUACAACACAUUUUAAGAGAGAUGAUGACAUUUUAAUUUGCUACUGUCAUGGUGAUAAUCAGAUUGUAAUAAGAGAUAAAGAAAAAGAGGUUCAAUCAUUUCGUAUUGAUGGAGAUAGAAUUAAUGAUGUAGUACACACAAGCAUAAAUCAGUCUGAACUUCUAAUAACUUUAUCAAAUAAAGAAUUACAAUUAUACAAACUUUCAUAAUUUACAUUAGCCAAUAAAAAUUCAUAAAAGCAUGAAUAGACAGUUUUAUUAUUAUUAUUAAAC